AAUAAUAUGGAUAAGUGGAUAUCAUCUUUAUCGGACGAGAAUAAAGCAAUUUGGGGUGAAUUCGCUGGGGAAAUAAUGCAAGUAUGGCAAAACCCAAAUUAUGAUUUCUCGAAGCACAAAUCAACUGAAUAUAAAGGAUACUUGUUACCCCCAUUCUUUGAAGCCGAAACGAUCAAGAGAGCGUACGAAGAAAUGAAAGUCGAAGAAGGUUCAGUUUUUGUCAUGUCUUUCCCAAGAACAGGUGAGGCAUGGUCGCAUUGGACGAUCGAAAUAUUAAAUCAGAUGUUAUACGGUGAUGAGAAAGAACUCUACGCUUUAUCCCAAGCUCUACCUCCACCUUUGACUCACAUUGAAAUCGGGCUUCAUAAAAAAUUGGAACUAUACGAACACUUGCCAUUUCCGAGAAAAUUGUUUGGCUCCCACUUGCCAGUUGAACUUGUAAACUUGGAAAAGAUCAGAAAAGCAAAUGCGAAGAUUGUAGUCGUCGAGAGAAACCCGAAAGAUCAGGCCGUAUCAUGGUUCCAUUUUGCCCACGCUAAUCCGUCGUUUAAAUCAAUUAAAGACGAUUUAAGCACCGACUGGACGCAGUUCCUCAACGACUACGUUGCCGGCAAGCAUCCGCUUAUUACGAAACCAGGUGAAUGGUACCCUGAACACUUACUGGGAUGGUAUAAACAUAAAGAUGAGGAAAAUGUUUAUUUUCUACAUUUCGAAAAAAUGAAAAAGAGUCCCGCAAAUGAGAUGGAAAAUUUGGCCGCUUUUCUAGGUAUCGAGAUAACAAACGAUCGAAUUGAUGAGAUAUCACAAGCAACAUUGUUUGAAAAUAUGAAAAUUGCGAAAGAAGGAAAAGGCGAUUUUGAGAAAAAAAUGGGAAUAAUGCGAAAAGGUCAUGUUGGUUCCUGGAAAGAAAAUUUUACCAAAGAUCAGUCGACGAUGAUGGACAAACUCAUACAAGAUAAAUUGGGCCACAUGGAUAUCAAGUUUACAUAUGAAUAAUAAAGAUAAUUAAAAUGAAGCAGAAGUCACUAUUAUCAUUUUUAAUUUUGUGUUGUCAAAAUAUUUACAAUAGUUAUAACACAAAUAUAAUAUAUUGCCUUGCCUCGUGGCAACCGAAACCGGCCACAAUAGUAGGUGCCAGAUUGAUUUCAUUGCGAUUUCGUUUGCAUACUUUUCCCUUUAAAAAAAUUCCCCGGCUCCGCAGUUUCAUUCUUUCUCUCGUGUGCAUGAAUUGUUUGAUCAUAAUUGGA